CACACACACACACACACACACACACACACAAUGCCAGACUGAUUCCAAGAAGUACCCAUCCAGCACCCACGAUGCCACCUCCCAGAGGGCAGUCAGUUGAGUAUCACGACCUCACCAGUCGCUCGUCCAUCGACUCAUUUGCAUCAGUCUCUGACUGGGAGCAAGCUGGCCUGGUUCUGCCCAGCAGUCGAUCGCACCGGUCCUUCUGGCGCAGGCUGUGGAGAUCCACUCCUACUUGGCAACCCCAGCGUCCGAGACCACGUCGCUUUGCUUCACCUCGCUGGUCCCCCAUCCGACAACUACUUCGCAUCGGAUUGAGCUUCCUCGUCGUCUUGAUCAGCUGCACCGCCCUCUUCUUCCCCUCCUACACGCGACUGCCGCCCCAUCACCAAUCGGUGGUCGAGCGAGCCACGCAGUCCGACCAGCAUGGCCGCGCCAACCCGCGCAACGAGCGCAUCUUCAUCGCAGCCAUUCUCUACGACCCCGAGGGCACAAUCACAGGCGGCAGAUGGGGCGAGUCCCUGCUGCAGCUGGUCGAUCUCCUUGGCGAAGACAACGUGUUUCUCAGCAUCUACGAAAACGACAGCGAUGAGCAGGGCGAACAAGCCCUCCGUCAGCUGGAGGACCGCGUCGCAUGCAACAAAUCCAUCCAGUCCGACCUCCGCCUCGACCUGAGCACUUUUCCACGGGUCACCGUCCCAGGGGGGGCCCAACGCGUCAAGCGUACCGACUACCUGGCGGAGCUGCGCAACCGCGCCCUGCGACCGCUCGACGAUCCCGCGGCCCAGUCCUACGAUCGCAUCCUGUACCUCAACGACGUGAUCUUCGACCCCAUCGACGCCGUGCAACUCCUCUUCUCGACAAAUGCCGCGGAUGCACCCGACGGGGUGGCCCGGUACCGCGCCGCGUGCGCCGUGGACUUCAUCAACCCGUUCAAGUUCUACGACACCUACGCCACGCGCGAUCUGGAGGGCUACGGGAUCGGCCUGCAGUUCUACCCGUGGUUCAGCACGGCUGGCCACGCCCGCAGUCGGCAGGACGUGCUGGCGCAGAAGGACGCGGUGCGCGUGCGCAGCUGCUGGGGCGGCAUGGUCGCCUUCAACUCGACGUACUUCCAGCGCCCGGACCGUCCGGUGCGCUUCCGUGCGGACCGUGACUUGUUCUACGACGGGUCCGAGUGCUGCAUCAUUCAUGCGGACUUGCAGGAUCCCCCAGCAGGAGCAAAUGUGGAUGACCGCACUGACUCCGGGGUGUAUAUGAAUCCCUAUGUGCGGACGGCGUACACGGAGCGGAGCUUCCGGUGGCUGCGCACGACGCGACGUUUCGAGCGGCUCUACGCGCUGGUGCACGGGAUCGUGAGCCGCGUGGCCGGGUUUCCACGGUUCAAUCCGCGGAGGACACAAAUCGCUGGGGAGGUGGUGCGCGAGAGGGUGUGGGUGCCGGAUGCAAGGCAUUCCAACGGGGGAUCCUACCAGACGGUCGAGCGGGUGGCCGAUAACGAUGGUUUCUGUGGUGAUGGGUUUGGUGGGAAACGGGGGUUACAGCUCAUCCGGGAGCAUCGUCAGCCUGGGGAGGACGGAUGGGAGGAAAUUCCUGUGCCUGUUGCAUAGCCGUUUGUGUCC